AAUAUGGACGAAGAGCUAAAAUGCCCCGUGUGUGGCUCUCUCUUCAAGGACCCUAUUCUUCUACCAUGCUCGCACAACAUAUGUUUGGCGUGCGCGCGGAACAUCAUCGUCCAGACCCCGGAGGGCGAGACACCUCCACACGGCAGCAGUAGCCGGGCGUCGGGCACCUCGGACUAUGACUACCUGGACAUGGACAAGAUGAGCAUGUACAGCGAGACGGACAGCGGCUACGGCUCGUACACGCCGUGCCUCAAGUCCCCGAACGGGGUGCGAGUUUUUCCGCCCUCUAUGGUCGGCGGUGGCGGCGGCGGCGGCGGUGUCCAUCGCCAACACUGCUCAAUCACGUGUCCGCUGUGCCACCGCAGCGUCUCGGUGGAUGAGCGGGGACUCAAGGGCUUUCCCCGGAACCGGCUCGUGGAGUCUAUCGUCUCGCGCUACCAGCAGAGUCGCGCCGCGGCCGCGGUAAAAUGUCAGCUGUGCGACCGCAACCCCGUCGAAGCCACCGUGUUCUGCGAGCAGUGCGAUGUGUUCUACUGUGCCCCGUGUCAGCAGCGGUGCCACCCCUCCCGCGGUCCGCUCGCCAAGCACCGCCUGGUGCCGCCGAGCCAAGCGGCGAGCGCGGCGAGCGCGGCGGCGAGAGCAGGCGCUGCCCAGCAGCCGCCAACACAGCAUCCUCCAGCCACCGCGCGCAAGCCAGCCACCUGCGCGGAACACGAAGCGGAAAACUUCAGCAUUUAUUGCAUGAACUGCAAGGUUCCCGUGUGCGCAAAAUGCAUGGAGGAGGGCAAACACGCCAAGCACGACGUGAAGCCCCUGGCCGUUAUGUGGAAACAGCACAAGUGCCAGCUCUCCCAGGCUCUGAACGGCGUCUCUGACAAGGCCAAGGAUGCUAAGGAGUUCCUGGUUCAAUUGAAGAACAUGCUGCAGCAGAUACAGGAGAGCGGCGUGGAGUUUGAGGCGUGUCUGGUGGCCCAGUGCGAUUCGCUGAUCGAGGCGCUGACCAGGCAGAAGGCCAAGCUGCUCACCAAGGUCACCAAGGAGAAGGAGUACAAGCAAAAGGUGGUCCGUGACCAGAUCACCCACUGCACCAUGAAACUCCGCCAGACCACCGGCAUGAUGGAGUUCUGCCUGGAGGUCAUUAAGGAGAAUGACCCCAGCGGAUUCCUUCAGAUAUCCGAUGCCCUGGUGAAGCGUGUGAGCUCGUCCCAGGACCAGUGGGUGAAGGGGGCCCUGGAGCCCAAGGUGGGCCCCGAGUUUGACCUGACCCUCAGCACCGACGCCCUGCUGCAGACCAUCCUGCAGCUGGACUUCUGCCAGAACAAAGUGGACUCCUCUCCGUCAGUGCCAGCGGCCCCUCUGCUGCAGCUUGAGAAGUGCUGCACCAGGAACAACAGCGCCACGCUGGCCUGGAGGGUCACUGCGCCCACGGGCAGCCCCAUUGAGGGCUACGUGCUCGAGCUGGACGACGGCAACGGCGGACAAUACAGGGAAGUGUACGUGGGUAAGGAGACUGUGUGCACUGUGGACGGCCUGCACUUCAACAGCUCCUACAACGCCCGGGUGAAGGCCUACAAUGGCAUCGGAGUGGGAGCAUACAGCAAGACGGUGGUGCUGAAGACCUCCGAUGUGGCUUGGUUCACCUUUGACCCCACCUCUGCACACCGGGACAUCGUCCUGACCAAUGAGAACCUGACGGUGAGCUGUAACAGCUACGACGACCGCGUGGUGCUGGGGACUGCUGCCUUCUCCAAGGGCGUCCACUACUGGGAAGUGUGCAUCGAUCGCUAUGACAACCACCCGGACCCGGCGUUUGGCGUGGCUCGCAUCAACACCCUGAAGGACACCAUGCUGGGGAAGGAUGACAAGGCCUGGGCCAUGUACGUGGACAACAACCGCUCCUGGUUCAUGCACAACAACUCUCACACCAACAGGGCCGAGGGGGGCAUCUCUAAGGGGACGACGGUGGGCAUCCUUCUGGACCUGACCCAGCGCACGCUGACGUUCUUCAUCAACAAGGAGCAGCACGGGCCCACCGCCUUCGAGAGCCUCGAGGGGGUCUUCAUGCCCGCCGUCAGCCUCAACAGAAACGUCCAGGUCACCAUCCUGACCGGCCUGGAGGUGCCAAAGACCAUCAAGCAGUAA